GGUUCUCGGAUUGUUGUGUUGUGCUUCGAAUCCUCUUCCCAUUUUGCGAAAUUGACAAUGAACAUCAAGGAGAAGGAAAAAUACAUCGAGGAGUUUGAUUUUCCGUUCUGCGAUGAGUCCACGAAGUACGAGAAGGUCGCGAAGAUCGGGCAGGGAACGUUUGGAGAGGUAUUCAAGGCACGUGACAAAAAGAACUCGAAGAAGUUCGUAGCCAUGAAGAAAGUUCUCAUGGACAAUGAGAAGGAAGGGUUUCCAAUCACUGCUUUGAGAGAAAUUAGAAUUCUCCAACUGUUGAAGCACGAAAAUGUCGUCAAUCUCAUUGAGAUUUGUCGGACCAAAGCAACGCAGUACAAUCGUUAUCGUUCCACAUUCUACCUGGUUUUUGAGUUUUGCGAGCACGAUUUGGCUGGAUUAUUGUCUAAUGUUAAUGUCAAGUUCAGUCUGGGGGAGAUUAAGAAAGUUAUGCAGCAGUUAUUGAACGGACUCUACUGCAUUCACAGCAACAAAAUCCUCCACAGAGACAUGAAAGCAGCUAAUGUUCUCAUCACUAAGAAUGGAAUCCUGAAGCUCGCUGAUUUCGGUCUUGCAAGAGCCUUCAGUACCAGUAAAAACGGCCAAGCCAACAGGUACACCAAUCGAGUCGUCACUCUGUGGUACAGACCCCCAGAGCUGCUGUUGGGGGACAGGAAUUAUGGACCUCCAGUGGAUUUGUGGGGGGCUGGGUGCAUCAUGGCGGAGAUGUGGACGAGGUCUCCAAUAAUGCAAGGCAACACAGAGCAGCAACAGCUGACAUUGAUCUCCCAACUCUGUGGAUCGAUAACGACAGAAGUGUGGCCAGGAGUACAGAACCUGGAUUUAUUCAACAAGAUGGACCUCCCCAAGGGCCAGAAGCGCAAGGUGAAGGAGAGACUCAAGCCCUACGUGAAGGACGCCUACGCCUGUGACCUUCUGGACAAACUGCUGAUCCUGGACCCAAGCAAGAGGUACGAUUCUGACUCGGCGCUGAAUCACGAUUUCUUCUGGAAUGAUCCCAUGCCCUGCGACCUCAGCAAAAUGCUUGCCCAGCACUCUCAGAGCAUGUUCGAGUAUCUCGCACCUCCCAGGAGGUCCCAGCACAUGCGACACGUUCACCAAGCUGUUCCUGGGGGGCCUGCCAAGCCCAGUACUAGUAUGGCAGAGAGUGGAUACCAGGAUCGUGUCUUCUAGAGUAUUUUUGUGGGGUUUUGGGACUGGGGAUGAGUGGAGUAUACCUCUGAGGGAGAAAAAAUGAUGGGAUUUUCUUGUCAAAAAUAGUUUUGGACUUUUUUUUUCGAGAUUUGGAAAAGGAGGAAAAAAUUGGGGGAAAAUUGUCAAUAGAAUUCAGGAAAUUCUAUUGGAGUUGUAUUAGUUGGCUUGCAAAGAAAAUGUCAAAAAAUCUUUUCAGAGGGAGAUUUUGCUGGCCACAAAAAUAAUCCCUCGAUAUUUGCGAGGUAUUCAUUAAAUAAUCCCCAGAAUUCUCCACCUCUUUCCCCACUCACCCACAAUUUUCAUGUUCAAAUCUCAAUAACGUGGUUAAUUCGAAGAUAAUUAAUUCAUUAAGCCUCGUAAUUAUAUUUUUGUAUUGCGACAAGAAAAAAUAAUUUUUCAAUACUGAUAAGUAAUUGUAUUUUCCGCAAAUGUUUGUCUUAAAAAUAAUUAUUAGUCUCUUCGAUUAACCACGCAACAAGCAGAGAAAUGUGAUAAAACUUUUAAAAAAGCAGUUAGGAAAUUAAUGAAAUAUCAAUUAAUGAUGAAUUGAUUGAUUAGAUAAUUAAUUACGGACGCACGAAGUAGACGUGAAGGACUGCUAGUUGACUCAUUCACCUACGAAUGAAAUGAUUCAUGUUCAAUGUGCGAUCCUGUACUUGUAUUUAAUUUGUCGAAUGUGUGAUACCCUUUUUUUCUACGAAUAGAUAGUUUUUUUCUACCGAUGAGUAACUGUGUGAAACAGCCACUGAUGUAAUCAUCAUUGACAUUGUUGACGAUUGAAAAAUCAUUUGUCGACAGAUUCAUAGCAUUAAUGAAAUUUAUUGCACUCCUGAUAAACACUGAACAUUGUUUUCAAUUUCAAUUAUUAAUUCUUAAUUGAUAAUUACAGUUUUAUAGACACAUCUACACUUUGUUACUGCUCUAGAUAAUUUUCUUUCGGUUUAUUAUCGAGAAUUGAUGAAGUGAGGAAUUCUAUAAUUGGAAUUGGGAGAAUGGAGAAUCACUCAGAGAGAAGUUGUGGACAUUAUUUUGCUGAUAUCUCGAAGACCAUUGGGUUUAGGAAGAAAUGUCAGAGGAAAUUUUUUGCAGAGAAUUUCAUAAGCUACGAAAAAGUUUGAGUGACAUUUCCUCCGAAAUCCAAUAGUUUUCGAGAUAUUCAAGAAAUAGCCUCCACCAUUUAUCGCAUUGAGCCUAUAAAGACAGUUUUUCAGUUUAGUACAGACAAAUAAUCCUAGCACGUAAAAAAAUCGAUUGACAGUGCUCAAGCACCAUAUUUUUCAUGCAAAAAUACAUAUACAUAUUCAACAUAAAUACAUAAUUACGUGCGUAAUACUUAUAAGUGUCGUUACGUAAAUUUAUCGAAUAUAUCUAGUUUCUAUCACUGUGUAAAAAAUGAUGAGUUUUAAGGGGAGAAAUAAAUUUUGAUCGAUACAAAUCAA